AUGUCGGACGAUGAGGAGGAAGGACGACUAAGAAUUGCAGAAAGCCCAUCGAAUGAUCAAGCACCAUCAAUUGGCAAUCAAAGCGCCUCAUCGCAACCGAUCGACAUCAAGUUUCCCGAUUUUAGCGCAACAUCAGGAAUAAAACUUGACGACCAGAAAGAGGAAGGCGAGAUCGACGAUGACGACGAGCAGAAGGCGAUUUUGCCGCUUCUGCCGCCGGAGCCGGCCAAAGAGCAAAUUUUCGAUAUGCCUAAUAUUCCUGAAACGGCGACGACGAAACGCGACGCGAACGGCGGCGACAAGCGCAUAUUUGACAUUGUCGAUCAUAAAACGCCGACAGCGAGUAAUAGGAAACGAAAAGAAAUAGAUGGUCACGUUGAGAAGCGCAAGUCGGGCGUUGAGACGAUCGCGGCGACCGCUUCGACGCCGACGCAUCGCACGAAGCGCACGAGCCAUCAAAUCGCGUCGGCGGCGAUUUCGGCGUGCUUCAACGAUGAGGAGCCGAUAUCGAUACCACACGUCGUCAAAACGCCCGAGUCGGUAACGACGACCGCAAAAAAGCCGAAGAGAGAUGCUAGCACGAAUGUAUGGCAGACGAAGGCGUCCGACACAUCGGACAUGCCCGAGCCAUCGAUCAUGGAAGCACCACCGGGAAGCUCGAUGCUCAUCGAGGUCACAGUUUUAUACAAAACUAGGGAUCAUUUGGCUGUGCGCGUGAAAGGACAAGAACUUUAUGGAUUCUUCAGCAUCGGACUACCACCAAUGUUCGCGGCGGUCGCCAAAAAAAAGCAAAUGCUUGCGACGAAUGGAGAGGAGAAAGAGAGAAGCUCGUCGAGCAAUGGUCGAGGUACGCGAGCGAACUCGCAAUUACGCGAGCCGAACGCAUCGAAACACGAGAAGCGGCACAAGGAUUCGAAGAAGAAGGCGACGACGUCCAAAGAUGAUGAUGAGGAGAUCGAUGUUCUCAGUGAGGAUUGGGGAAGCAAGGAGGUCGAGCUUCAUGAGGUUGACAUAAAUACAAUGCACACUUGCCAUUAUGAUGGGUGUGAGAAGCGGUAUUCGCUUUCUAGUGAACUUGAAUAUCAUAUUACUAAGGUUCACCAAAAGAAAGUGGUGAUGCUUGAAUCGAUUUGCACUCAAACCGAUGUUCGAAUGGUUGAGAAGAGCACUGAGACGGACGAGGCGGCGUCGGCGAUGCCGAUUCUGAAAAAAGAAUCGCCGACGAAGAGUUGUUUUGACAAAAUGGGAACACCGCAUUAUUCGGAUUUGUCGGAUGAUGAGCCUGAGAAGCCCGACGAGAAGCCGCCGAUUGUUACGCCAGCGAUUUCCAAACCAUCAGAAUUUCCUUCGCAGCCGCCACCGCAGCAUUUACAGCAGCAGCAACAACCGCGAUCGGAUUUGUCGGCGUCAGCGGCGCUUAAAGGAAUUGCCGGCGGUGUGGCAUCGGGAACUGGCGGCAGUGUAAUUGGCAUUAAUCCCAAUGUGCUUAAUAGCACUUUAGACAAGAAGCUGCCGAUGCAUAUAAAUACGCAGGCGGCGCAGAAUCUGCAAAAAUCGCCGUUUAUCGUGCACUCACCGAGAACUUCGGUUGCCCAACAGGCGGGAACGUCUGGAAUUGCGCAUGGUUUGUCGUUUUUGCCGGCGAACUUUAUGAUGCCGGGCAUGAUGAUGGGAAUGCCGGAUCCGCGCGUUGUGCAGCAGCAACACUCAAAUAUGGCGAGAACGCCGUCGCGUCAGGACGCGCACAAGAUUCACGAGCUCGCCAAACCCAAAGAGAUGCUCAUGACUCCGCAGCCGAAGCCGCAGCAGCAACAGCAGACGACACCCCAACAGCAGCAGCAGCAGCAGCAGCAGCAGAUGAAUCAGAAUCGUCAAAUUGGUUUCAUGCAGAACCAAAUGUUGCAGCAGACGAUUGCUGCUCAGCAACAUCAGCAGCUUCUGAAUAGUUUGACAGCGCAACUUCAAAGGCCGAUGCAACCGCAGCAGCAAUCCCAACAACCGGAUAUCGCGGCACUCUGGAACGCGGCCGUCUAUGCACAGAAUCAGGCGGCGGCGGCGGCGGCGGCAGCGGCGGCGUCGUCGUCGCAACCGCCGACGGUGUACCCGCCGCAAUCUCAGCAUCAGCCGCCGAAAUAA